AUGAAAAAGAGGGGCCUGGCUGUCACCAUUCCCGAUUACGAGAGCGCUGAGAAAAAGGAUUUAAGACCGGUUCUCGAAUUUACGACUAUCACAUCGUACCCACAGUCAUUUAAUUGUGAUUUGGGCACUUGGCAACUGAUUUUAGAAUUUCUAAUCAUACAACUUCAGGGUGAAAAGGGGGAACAGUCAGAAAGAUCUUCCGUGCUGGAAGGAACAAUGGUUGUUUCUUUGGACAUUCAAGAUUCUCCCCAGCGUGUGGACCUGUCGCACUGUGCUGCAAUUAUUGCUGCAAAAGGUGAUUUAUGCCACAAACUCCCCAGUGAUCUAACAUUCAAAGAAAUAGAAAGCUUACUGCCUUUCUGCCAGAGUGGUGUCCUGCCUGGAAGCGGAUGUCCUCAUGAAUCUCUGCCUACCAUGCCUUUUCAGCUUUCCUUUCAGCUGUAUGAGAAAACUGAAGUCCUGAAGGAAGACAGCGUCGCAUUGAAACAGUUCAUCCAUAGGAUCAGCCUCGUGCACACAACAAUCAAGUUCCAUUACUGUGUAAAAGUUAACGGCAAAAUCUCUGCUGAGACAUACAGCCCAGAAGGGAAAGUCAGCACAUGUUUGCCAGAUGGAACCACGUUACUUAGUGAUGGGAGACAUUUUAUAAGGUCAGAAUUCAGGGCUGUAAUCCCAUCCUGUGAUAAAAUCCACCUUGUGACCGGUGAACGAGUCAAUCUGUUCAUCCCAGAUGAAUUAGUAGAAAGAGGUUUCACAGGUGCACUGAGCCUCAUACCUGCUACAUCCCUGUGUCCCUGCCAGAAAUCUUUUCCUAACCAACCUGCGAAGAUCAUUGCUGUCUCCAUAUUUCUUUACGAUCCAGCUGGACUGCCCACAUUGUUUUCUGCAGAGGAGGUCUCGUAUUCUUUCUUUGAAGAUCCUUCACGCUUAGCCUCAUGGGGCAAAUACGCCUACCAGGCCACACUAAAUUCAGCGGCAUAUUGCAAAACAGAUACAGUGAGACCUGAAAUCCAAUUUAACCUUCAUACCAGCCACCAGCAGGAUUCAGAGACUCAAGAACAGACACUGCUGCUCUUCCUUUUUCUUGGUUAUACCGAUCCGUUUCAGGACAAGCCAAUUUUCACUUUCUGGAACCGGCAGGUGGUUCUGUCCCGUCUCUCGGCUAUCCUCUUCUGCAGCGAGCAGGCUGUGAAAAGGGCUACCCAAGAACUGGUGAAUGAUGUCCUGCAUCAACACUACAGACUAUUCCAGGAGCAGCAGAAGCUGGCAUGUUCUUUACCCAUCAUGGCAUCUGCCAUUUCCAGAAUAGUCUCGAGCAGCACCGACGGUGACUUCCGAAGGAAGUGUCUCCACAGCUUGCAGGUGGCAGACACUCAAGAAUUCCAGGAAACCAUCAGAGAAACUUUUAACAAAGUCAUUCUCAAGCAAUGGAAGCCCAAUAACGCCUGUGAGAUCAAAAAACCACUGUCUAGAAAGUGUAAGACAAGGCCUCUAACUGCCAAAACUCCCUCAUCCUCCGAUCAUCAGAAAACAUUGUGCUCCUGUGUUAGUUGUCCAGGAUUAGAGCAAGGGGAAGGAACCAGCAAGAGAGAAGGAUUUUGGUUUGAUAGCUCAGAGUUUGACGAAAUAAGCACGAGAAAGAAGAGAAAACCAGCAAAUAGGAGGAUUCCCACGGAAGAGGAUUCAGACGACCUUAACACCUCCGGUGAAGCAAAGAACAAGGAACCCAAAGGAAGCCUCCCAACAAAACCAGAAGCCACUUCAACCUCUUCCUUUUCAUCUUCUUCUAAGAGUGGGAGGGAUAUUUUCCCACACAAAAGUCAAGGAAAUGAUGGCAUCACCGGAGCUGCAAGGAGCAAAAAUCUGUGUCAGGAGGAGGACUUGUGGGCUCAGGAGGUUUUCAACAUGGCCAAGUGGACCUCCUGAAUCGGCCACUCCUGUCCAGUUAACGGAAUUCCCAGGUUUUUUUGGAGUGUCUCGGGCAAGGCAAUAAACGAAGAGAGUUGUUA